CUGAAAAGGGCCGAAGACCGCAUCUACCUGGAGAAUUGGACCUGGAGCAGGGCAGCCAUAUGGCUGCACGAGGCAAUGCAUAUGCAGUACUUCAUGAACACCAUGGCCAACCAGGAUCCGGACGUUCCGGACCUCAUCAUCAGGAAUCGUGACGGGAACGAGGAGAGAGCGUACGGCAUCAUCCACGCCAAACGCCUCGCUAACUGGGAUCGAGCCCACACGCCCUCCCAGUGGUCAUCGCGAAAUUCCGACUGCUACACUUAUUUCGCCAUGGCCAGAUGGGUCGAGGUGAAUUCAUUCGAGAAGACGUAUCCGUACCAACCCGAGGUCGGCGAUGCUCCUUCCACCGAACCCAGACUUCCGCCUGGUACGACGUCGGCGGACGGCAUCGACAGGUCGCCCGACAUCGACUGGCCUCUUCCACUAUGGUGAGCAUUAGAUCAAACUUGGAUCGGAUGUGUGGCAAGGAACGAAGCGCAAGCGGGAUGGCUGGCAGCAUAUGAGUUGGAGCACGACAAGU